CCAUGGCAGUGGCAAAUUCAAGCCCUGUCAAUCCCGUGGUGUUUUUUGAUGUCAGCAUUGGCGGCCAGGAAGUUGGCCGCAUGAAGAUCGAGCUCUUUGCAGACGUUGUGCCCAUGACGGCCGAGAAUUUUAGAAAAGAUGGGGUUCCAAUAGGAUACAAAGGGAGCACCUUCCACAGGGUCAUAAAAGAUUUCAUGAUUCAGGGUGGAGAUUUUGUUAAUGGAGAUGGUACUGGAGUCGCCAGUAUCUACCGGGGGCCAUUUGCAGAUGAAAAUUUUAAGCUUAGACACUCAGCUCCAGGCUUGCUUUCCAUGGCAAACAGUGGUCCCAGUACCAAUGGCUGCCAGUUUUUCAUCACCUGCUCUAAGUGUGAUUGGCUAGAUGGGAAGCACGUGGUAUUUGGAAAAAUCAUUGAUGGACUUCUGGUGAUGAGAAAGAUUGAGAACGUUCCCACAGGCCCCAACAAUAAACCCAAGCUGCCUGUGGUGAUCUCACAGUGUGGAGAGAUGUAGUCCAGAGGAAGUCUGAAUCAGG